AUGUCUUCAAACAAGCAGAUGAGCAAGGGAGUAGAAGACGGCGUUGUGGAGCAGCCCGGUGGCAGCCGCAGAGUCCGCUCCCUCAACGACGAGCGCUCCAGCUUCGUGGCCACCACCACCACCAGGGAUCUCUCGGGGGCCAUGGAGGAUAUAGCAAGGCGUUCCGAGGCGCAUGACGACGAUGAUUGGGUCAUCUAUGCCAACAAUGCUUCACGCAUGUUGACAGGUGGACUCCUGCCGCCGCCGCCAGCCCCUCCCAGGGAUUUGCUUGGCAUCACAGCCAGUCCCCGGACUCCGGCCUCAGUCCAACGCGGAGCAUUCCGUGGACAGGCCCGGGACGCUCGGGGGUCGCAGACGCCACGGUCAGGCCAAGGCCGCCGAGGGCAAGACCGCCGAGGGUGGCAAGUCCAAGGACAGAACUCCCGUGGACAAGACCGCCGCGGCCAAUCACGCGGGCCCAGCCGUGGUGGCAUUCAAAAAUCUCGCCGUCAGGGGACAUCGUCUUCUGCUCGUAGCUUGGGGGCCAGGCUCGGCCAGGACCCUUCAAUCAUACAAGAUGCCAACAAGUGGCGUCAACAGGAGGUGUCUCGAGGUCGCGACACGGCCCGGGCAGCCCAAGAGAAAGCUCAAAAUGAGCUCUUUUGCGGCAAUUGCCUCAAGCAUGGACAUAGAGUCCGUGACUGUGUCCAUCCGGCCGAGGACGGCUUUGUGCACGGCUGUCCUGUCUGCAAUAAAGCUGACCAUGAGUCAGCUAAAGAUUGCAAGCAGACAUGGCCGCAACGUCUGGAAAGGAAGCUGGGUUGGGCGAUUGAACACCGCGCCAACCGUCCUACUCUGGCCGCGUUCCCCAACUGGGCAAAACUAUUCAUGGAGGCCAGUGAAAAAGGUGACAUCACCUUGCCAUCAAAAUUCCCGUGGACACCAUUUUUCGCCCAGGAAUUGAUGGAGCGCGAGACUCAGCCUUGGACAGAUUUUGACUAUGUCGCAAACGACUCGUCUAAACUGCCCUUGGAUCCUAUGACGGCCGGCCAAGAAACCGUCAUUGAGCAUGCGGAAUCACUUUUCCAGAUUCCACUCCAAGUCAUUGGCAGUACCGGUGGUGACCCAUGGUACCCACGACGGGAGGAGGAUGAGGACAUGGCCGACCCGCGCCCUUUUCACCGUCCUGCCAGUGACAAGCUGGAUGAAAGGAUGGAUGAAGACUUGUCUUGA